UGUCCGCCAAUUUAUCACAAUCCCAUCAACAUCACCAGUCAAAUGAUAAGGAUGGCAAAAAGAAACACACCCGCCCAACAUUUAGUGGUCAACAAAUCUUUGCGCUGGAAAAGACAUUCGAACAAACCAAAUAUCUGGCUGGACCAGAAAGAGCUAAACUAGCAUAUGCCUUAGGAAUGACUGAAUCACAAGUUAAGGUUUGGUUUCAAAAUCGUCGCACCAAAUGGCGUAAACGUCAUGCUGCUGAAAUGGCCACGGCCAAGCGUAAACAGGACGAUAUUGGUGGCGACAAUGGUGACGAUUGCAGUGAACCCAUGGACAGUGAUAAUGAAAGUUUAGACAUCGAUGAAAAUCCGGCUCAGAGGAAACGAAAUCGCAUGGAAGACAAUUAUCGCCAUUAGUUGUGCCCUG